UGAAAACCCAAAUCAUUUAUCAGUUUUCCAUCAAAGAAUGGACAGUGUUGGUGUUCGCAUACUGUGGUCUGUUGCAAUUACUUUGCUAUUGGUUUCAUGGAAGCCGAUGGUGUUUGCAGUUCCAUCAUGUGGACGUGUCACAUCCAGAUUGACAUCUUGCUUGAGUUUCAUAAAUGGUCAUGAGCCAACGAAUUCUUGCUGUUCAUCAGUCAAGGGUUUGACAGCUAUGGGGAAAACCAAGAAUGAUCGUGUGGCUAUCUGUAACUGUGUGAAACAAGUCAUGAAAAGAUUGAACAAUUAUGAUCCAAAACGAAUCACUCUUCUUCCUAAAAAAUGCCAUGUUGGUUUGAAGUUUCCUCCCAUCAAUCAAGACUACGACUGCAAAAAGGUGGAAGUAGACAUGCUGAUGUGGCGUGAGCAAGGACUAUAGGAAUAACAUGAACCAAUGUACUUGGUAACUUAUGACUGUAUUUGAAUAACUGGUUGUGUAUCUUCCAAUAAUACCAUUGCUUCUUUAUAUACAUAUGAUGUAAUGCUAGUUAUUGUAAGGAUUAGUAAACGAUUUAAAUUU